AAUAAAUAAUCACUAAUUAUUAGGCGAAAAAUAAUUAUGAGACUAACCCCAUUCACCUCGUGUCACGCUUCUCAAGCUACGCAUAGUGCUUCCCUUCAGCCUAUGUUGGCCACACGCCACAACUGCUGAAAACAGACCUUUCGGCCUCCGACUCUACGCUCUUCGUCUUCCCCAACUCAACAGCCUGGUUCAGAAAAACAAAAAGGAAACAGGAAUAACCCUUACAAGGCAUACUGUUGUUGAAGAACAAGAAAUAGAGUUUAAGCCUUUAAGGGGAUUCUGGCAAGUUGGAUCUUAUUGGUGAAACAUGGAUUCAGAAGGUCCGGCAGCUCCAGUGAUGGAAAAGGGCAGCACUCCUCCAGAGACAGUUUUGAGCAGGGAUCAACUUACCAAGAAGAAGCAAGGGAAAGUUCCUAAAAGAGCUCAUAAGGCAGAGAGAGAGAAAAUGAAGCGUGAUCAUUUGAAUGAUCUGUUUCUUUCUUUGGCUAAUGCUCUUGAACUUUCAGAACAAGUAAAUGGAAAGGCCUCAAUAUUGAUUGAGGCCACUAGAAAUGUGAAAGAGUUGUUAGCUCAAAUUGAGCAGCUCAAAAGAGAAAGCGAGGCUUUGUUGUCCGAGACCCAAUAUGUGAGCAUGGAGAAAAAGGAACUGGAGGAUGAGAAUUAUGUUAUGGAGGCCAAGAUUAGCGAUAUCCGAAGAGAGAUCGCGGAGAGGGUGGCAGCAGAGUCGAAUCUUGAUCUAAACCUAGCACCUCCGGGAUAUGAGGAGCAGCAGAAAGCAGAAGUGAUGACGAUGAACCCGGUUUAUGUUUACCCCAUCUGUCCUAAUCCUGAACUUUACAAAGAUGGGAAGGACCCCGUCCAUUUACCGCAUUCUGCUGUGAGUAAACCCCGGGCUAGAUAUCCAUCUCCGUCUGAUGAAUGGUCGUCUCAGAUUCUUAGCAAUCAUCCUCUGUUAGGGGAGGAACUUCAGGGUGGUAGCGAUGACAGUGGCUUUGUUAGGAGUUAGGCCUUAAUAGCAGCCAGCGUAAAUACUUUACAUGUAAUGUAGUAGUUAUCUAAUCGUGUUAAAUGGCCUCAUUUUUGUGUUUAUAUUUCUGCUCUAUGAAUAUAAGGUGAAACGAAUUACGGAGUAUUUAUUUUCUAUUUUUCUGGCUUGCAUUUUCUU